UCUAUGCAAGACCGGUACAUGCUUAUUGUGUGAAACUUUUGUAAUUUUCUAUAUUAAACUGUUCAUUAUUCGAUUAUAUUUGUAUAGAGACCUUCUAACAAAUUUUUUAAAUUAUUAAAAAUACGACUAUUUUAAUAUUAUGAGUUUUUUACAAUAUCGUAUUUUGAGAAAAACAAGUAACUUAUUACAAUUUAGAAAUAAAUUGAUACAAAACAAUGUUCGUGGUUUAACAAUUCCAAUAGUUGUAGAACAAACUGGCCGUGGAGAACGUUCUUAUGAUAUUUUUUCGAGACUUUUAAAAGAAAGAAUUGUUUGUGUUAUGGGUGAGAUUAAUGAUCAUGUAGCUUCACUUGUUAUUGCUCAACUAUUAUUUCUACAGUUUGAAAAUCAAAAAGCUACUAUCAAUAUGUACAUUAAUAGUCCUGGAGGAAGUGUAACUGCAGGCCUUGGAAUUUAUGAUACAAUGAUGUACAUAAAACCUGAAAUAUCAACUUGGUGUAUUGGACAAGCGUGUAGUAUGGGAAGUGUUUUAUUAGCAGCUGGUCAAAAAGGCAAACGUCAUUCAUUGCCUAAUUCAAGAAUUAUGAUACAUCAACCUUCCGGAGGAAUGCAGGGAAAAGCUUCUGAUAUGAAGAUUGUUACUGAUGAAAUUUUAAGACUAAAAACUACAUUAAAUAAGAUUUAUGCCAAACAUACUGGAUUAUCUGCUGAAAAAAUAGAUGCUAGUAUGGAAGCUGAUAAUUUUAUGAGUGCAGAUGAAGCUAUUGCUUUUGGUUUGAUUGAUAAAGUAGAACAUCCUGAAACUAAUAAUUGCUUUUAAGUGUUUAUAAAUUUACUUUUUCAAAAUGUAUUUAUAAAGUAAAUAGUAUAAGUUCGCUUGCAAUAACAAGAAAUAAAUAUUUUAUAUGAAAUUCUUAUUAAAAUA